AUGGAUUUGGAAACAGCACGUGCCAAUUAUCCAAACAGACUAGAGAGGUUAGAAGAAGAACGUCUUAUGGACAUGCCUUUCGAUGUUAGUGAACCUCAAGUUGAAGGACACGACGGCUUUGCCAGAUUCUACUGGAAACAUGACGAACAAUUGCAUCCUUUGAGAAGGAAAAAAGGUAGUGCAGAGGAUGGUCAUGCUCCCAUGGAAAGAACAAGAUAUGCAUAUGAAAAGUAUCGUGAAGUUAGAAGUCAAAUUACAUCUGGUCGAACCUUUACAGUAAACUUUGACGAAGGAAAGAACAAAGAAGGCUUCAUGGGUGUACUUGCUGCAAUUCAAGACGGAAAUAAGAAAGGACACAAUCUCAGAUUGACCAUAACAGAUUUGGAUGGUCACAUUUACUAUGCACAUGGCAAUGAACAAACAGCCGCAAAACUUCUUGACGCUUUCAAGACUACAAAGAGAGAACAAAUGGUUGACUCCGACUCAGACAUUUUGAAUGCAAUUGAAGGAAUUGCAAGUGUCAAGUUCGAAUGGUACCAACCUAACCCUCAAGCA